CUCCCGCGGAAUUAGCGAUGGAGUUUAAAGUGGCCAAGAAAAUCCGGCGGUGGAAAGAAAAGAAAGCAGAAAGAGGAUCGAAGGGGCACCUGGACCUCACAGAACUAAUAGGAGUCCCCCUUCCCCCGUCCGUCUCUUUUAUCACUGGCUACGGAGGGUUUCCAGCAUACAGUUUUGGACCGGAUGCUAAUAUUGGCCGUCUAACAAGGACUCUGAUACCUCAGCAGUUCUACAGAGACUUUGCUGUCACUGUCACAGUCAAACCAAACAGCGACCGUGGAGGGGUGCUGUUUGCCAUCACCGAUGCCUUUCAGAAGAAAAUUUACUUGGGAGUCAGGCUGUCGCCCGUGGACGAUGGCGCCCAGAGGAUAAUUAUGUAUUACACUGAACCCAGUUCUCACAUAUCGCGAGAGGCGGCUUCAUUCAAAGUCCCAGUGACGACCAACAAAUGGAAUCGUUUUACGUUGACGGUGCAAGAAAACGACAUUGUAUUAUUCAUGGACUGCGAAGAAUAUCACAGGAUCCAGUUUCAGCGAUCCACUCAGGCUUUAUUCUUCGAGCCCAGUUCCGGAAUAUUUGUUGGGAAUGCGGGAGCCACAGGACUAGAACGGUUCACAGGCUCCAUUCAGCAGCUCACCAUCCGACCAGACCCGAAGGCUGCCGAGGACCAAUGUGAGGAGGAUGAUCCCUACGCUUCAGGAGAGGGCAGUGGCCAUGAUGACAUUCAGGAACAGGAAGGUCUCCCUGAGACUCAAGAAGUCAUUCGGCCCACACCCACACAAAAACCAGCUGGGAAUCUAUCCGAAGAAAGAACUUCCGGACCAAUGGGAGCACCACCGACCCUGCCAACUAAUGCUGAAGAUGUGGAUUUUUCAGGACAUCAUCUCUUAGAGGAAUCUGUGGUCCCCACUGAAGUCACAGAGCAAGGUGUAAGCACUGUGGUGUUUGUAAAUCAAACAUUCAACCACACAACUAAACAGGAGCACGAAACCACCACAGUAGCCCAGGAAAUGUUAAAAACGGAAGUUGGGCCUCACGCUAGAGUUGUGCAAGGAGCAUAUUUAGAAAAGGGUCAAAAAGGUGAAAAAGGUCAAAGGGGAGAGGAAGGACCUCCGGGGUCUCCGGGAGGGGCAGGCCCAGAAGAAGGCCAGUCUGGGACCAGCGGACCGCCCGGAAAGCCUGGCCUGGAUGGGAAACCUGGAAUUCCUGGGAAAGACGGACUAAGGGGUGAACCAGGAGCUCACGGUGCACCAGGGCAGAAAGGAGAACCAGGCCCUACAGGAGAAAAGGGAGAUACUGGGGUUGGGUUGCCAGGACCCCCCGGGCUUCCAGGGCCCCCUGGACCACCGGCUCCAUCCAGGGGAUUUGUGAUUAAUUUUCUUUUGUUUCAGAAAAGGAUAGAAAUGGAGGGGUCCGGCUCUGGAGAUUUUGACAAAGACAUUGAACUUCCAAGAGGUGCUCCUGGGCCCCCAGGCCCUCCAGGCACACCUGGUGAGCCAGGAUUGCCAGACCCAGAUUCCAACGCAGGAGUCCCUGGGCUGCCUGGAAGAAAUGGGAAAGACGGAGACCCCGGGCAACCAGGCCCUCGAGGUCCCCCUGGUCAACCUGGCAAGGAUGGAUUGGUCAGCUUUGCGGGGCCAAAGGGAGAGAAAGGUGACCAAGGUCCUCCAGGGCCACCUGGACCAAAGGGAGACCCUGGCGAUAUCGGAGCACCAGGCCAGAAUGGGCAGGCCGGAGCUGAUGGGGCACCUGGGAUACCAGGACUACCCGGACCCCCAGGGCCGCCUGGCCCAGGCUAUGGGUUUGGAUUUGAGGAUAUGGAAGGCUCAGGGACCAUUGGUUUGCCAAGUGGACCGGCCAUCCUUGGAUCCAGUGGGCCAGAAGGUCCCACUGGAGGGCCUGGUCUGCGAGGACCAAGGGGGCCGAAGGGAGAAAAUGGUGACGUUGGACUACCAGGUCUAAAUGGUUUAAAGGGAGAACAAGGCCUAGAAGGAAAGCCGGGAUUUCCUGGUGUUGCCGGGCGCCCUGGAGAUGCAGGAUUUAAAGGAGAAAAAGGUGACCCAGGACCCAAGGGUGAACCAGGAGAACCAGGGGCUGGUGUUAUCGGACCACCAGGGCCACCUGGACCACCCGGUCCCAUUAUAGCCAUUCCAAGGACACUCAAUACUUCAGACGGAAGUUUUAACCUUACUGGACUUCAAGGACUUGGGCCUCCAGGUCCAGACGGUAAGCCCGGCCUACCAGGAUUUCCUGGCCCGAAGGGACCAAAAGGUGACAUGGGGCUACCUGGGCUACCAGGAGAAAAAGGAAAGCAGGGUGAAAAGGGCGAGCCAGGAGCAAUCUUUGCUUCAACAGACUCACUGACAGAACUGAUCCAGAGACCAGGACAGAAGGGUGUGCCUGGAGAAAUGGGACCACCUGGGUCAAUGGGACCAAUUGGGCCUCCAGGACCUAAAGGAGAACUUGGUUUUCCUGGCCGGCCUGGACGCCCUGGCUUAAAUGGACUGAGAGGCAUAAAAGGUGAACGGGGCGUGACGUUAUAUGGCCACCCGGGUGUGCCUGGACCACCUGGACCCCCGGGACCGCCUGGCCGUGUGGUUUACAUUAAAGGAACAGUAUUCCCGAUUUCUCCCAGGCCUCAGUGCAAGACACCAGUAAGCACUGCUCAUUCAGGAAACCAAGAAGCCACUGACAGUUCCUGGGGUGUACGCGGUCCAUUAGGCAUAAAAGGUGAAAAAGGAGAUCGUGGGCCACCAGGACCUCCAGGUCCUCCUCUGCCAUCAACAUAUUCCAGCCACUUCACGGGUGAAAAAGGAAACAAUGGAGAAAAUGGCCUGAAGGGAGAAAAAGGAGAACCUAGUGGAGAAUUUUUUAUGACAGGCCCUCCAGGGCUGCCUGGAAGACCAGGACCUGUGGGGCCAAAAGGAGAGACAGUUAGAGGUCCUCCAGGAGUACCUGGCCUACCUGGGCCUCCAGGGUUUGGGCCAGUUGGACCUCCAGGACCACCAGGACCUCCUGGGCCACCGGGCCCCUCUACAAUCUAUGGUUCAGCUGCUCUCCCAGGACCACCCGGACCUCCUGGAGAACCAGGAUUACCAGGGAGCAGGAACUUGGUAACAACACUUAGAAAUGUUGACAGCAUGCUGCAAAAAGUUCACCUAGUGUCAGAAGGCACGUUGAUCUACCUGAGCGAAACCAGUGAGGUUUUCAUCCGUGUUCAAGAGGGAUGGAAAAAACUGCAGCUUGGUGAAUUGAUUCCCGUCCCUGCUGACAGCCCCCCGCCUCCAGCAAUUUCCAGCCCAGAAUUUCAACCCCUUCCAGCACCGUUUCCAGCUUCAGGUCCUGACCACGGAAGGCCAAGCCUUCAUCUGGUGGCUUUGAACACCCCGUUUUCUGGCGACAUGCGAGCCGACUACCAAUGCUUUCAGCAAGCCCGGGCAGCCGGUUUACUCUCAACCUACAGAGCGUUGCUGUCUUCACAUCUGCAAGACCUGUUGACUGUCGUCAGGAAAGCAGACAGAUAUCAUCUGCCGAUAGUUAAUUUGAAGGGAGAGGUGCUGUUCAAUAACUGGGAGUCAAUAUUCUCAGGCAACGGGGGACAGUUUGACAUCCAGAUCCCCAUAUACUCCUUUGAUGGUAGGGACGUCAUGACAAAUCCCACCUGGCCCCAGAAAGUGGUCUGGCAUGGCUCGAGUCCCAAUGGAAUACGACUGAUCAGCAGUUACUGCGAAGCCUGGCGGACAGCGGACUUGGCGGUCAUGGGGCAAGCAUCACCACUCAAGUCCGGGAAGCUCUUGGAUCAAAAAGCCUACAGCUGCAGCAACCGGUUUAUCGUCCUGUGCAUUGAAAACAGUUAUAUCUCCGAUAUCCAAAGAAAAUAA